GAUUGCGACUCCGACUCCGUCUGGAGAUCGUGGUGCAUUGUUGAACGCUAUACAAGGUGGGGCGCGACUCAGGAAGGCUAGCACUAAUGAUCGAAGUGCAGCCUCGCUUUCUGGGAAGGUCCUUGGUGAUCCCACGCCGCCGCCCCACGUUAGCAUUACUCCAAGGCCUGUUUCACCACCUGUUGCAUCCCUUCCUGAACCUCCAUUGAUGACCAACCGGGAAGAUUCAUCACACACUACUGCGGAAGAAGAGGAAGAAGAGCUUACUGAAUACGGAGGCUCGGUUCCUCAAAUUCAAGUAUCCGAGCCCUCUGGAGAAGCUGCAGUUGACCCUCUUGAAGAUAUAGAUAGAUCUAAAGAGUUACAUGUGCGGUCUCUUUAUCCCUAUGAAGGACAACGUGCAGAGGAUUUGACAUUCGGAGAAAAUCUUAUUCUUACUGCCUACCCUUCUAAAUCUGGGGGCGACUGGUGGUACGGUGCGCUCGCCAGAGAUGGAAAGUCUGGUUUUUUCCCUCAAACUUAUGUCCAAGUUACGGAGAAAUUCAAGGCAAAGGCUCUCUAUUCUUAUGCAGGUGGCAACGCCGACGAACUCCCAUUUGCUGAAGGCGAUGAGCUCUCUAUCGUAGAUAAAAGUGAAACGGACUGGUGGAAAGCUGAACAGGGUGGAGUCGUCUUCAUCGUUCCUGCUGCCUACCUGGAGAUUGUCGAGGGAAGCCGUCCGUCCAACAUGAUUAAGGACGCCGUACGAGAUAAUAGCGAGGCUGAAGAUGAUAUAGGACACGCGGAAACUGACGAUGCAGAUGACACAGAUGACUCUUCCGAUGUCGACUUUCUGUCUGCGGAAGAUGACUCUGAUAGCGAUGUUGAUCCCGAAGCGACCGAAGCUGAUCAAGAGGCACGAGAAACUGAGCGUCAAAAAGUGCUUGAAGCAGCUGGGUUGAUUGUAAAUCAGGAUGUGAAGCCUCCACCAGGGGUAUUGCGUUCUCGAUCCGCUCGCAGACCCCGUCCGGCACCUGCGACUCCUCAGCGAGCGUCAAUCGUCUCAAAUUCAUCCACAAAGGAGCUCCCAUCGUUACCUUCAGUCGAUCCGUCGAGGCAUCUGAAUGACGCAUUCGACCGAUAUGAGACCUUUAAGAAGACGCAUGGAAGUAUCAACAGUCGAAUGUCGGUAUCUUCCAUUGACACUACUCCCUCCUCUCCGCCAAAAUCUCCAGCGAUAUCCGUGGCACCAAGCCUACAACGCGACGGCGAAAGUCGAGCUUCGCACUUCUUGAAUUUCCUAGGCCGUAGUCAUACACCGGCAACCGAUAAUGAUAAACGUACAAUACCGAUAAUAUCUGCGCCAAUCUUGAACACGCCUGAUACUCCCUCAAGAGAGAGUAGCCCAGCUUUCGGUUCCUCCUGGGCAAGCCUUGUGGAUAAGUCCGCUCUAGAUGGAAUCCCCAAAUCUGAGCGACGUCGCCAGGAGACUAUAUUCGAGCUCAUCACUACCGAAGCAGAUUACGUUCGGGAUCUCCAGUUAAUUGUCGAGUUAUUCUAUUCUCGGCUAAUGUCAGUUCUGGGUGAGAAGGCUACGACCGUCAUCUUUGCCAACAUUGAAGACCUGCUUUUGAUAAACACGACUUUCCUGAGCUCUCUGGAAGAACGCCAGAAAGACUGUCGACUUUAUGUUGAUCAAAUUGGGGAUAUAUUACACAAGCACAUGUCGAAUAUGGAUGUUUAUCUGGCAUAUUGCGUAAAUCAAAGCAACGCCGGGAAGGUAUUGCAGUCGAUGAGAGAUACUAACCCAGAGUUAGCAUCCAAUCUACAAACCCUCAGGGAAGAUCCUGUAGCAAGGAGCCUAGAUCUGUCAAGCUACUUGCUUGUACCUAUGCAGCGCAUGACAAGAUAUCCUCUAUUGAUUCGACAAAUACUUCAUUACACUGAAGUUGCUCAUGAUCGAGAUGAUAUCACGGCUGCACUCCGUAUUGCAGAGAAGAUUCUGAAUCAUAUUAAUGAAACGAUUCGGGACCAGGAAGGCUUUGAACGUUUAAAAGAAAUUAGCCAAAAUUUGUGGAUUGGCCAGGGCCGUCUUGACUUGACUGCACCCACACGACAUAUGGGCCCACGCAAGCUUUUGAAAGAGGGCAUACUACUCAAAGCCAAGAGUGGCAGAAAAUUGCGAAGUUUCUUAUGCAGCGAUAUCCUGGUACUUACGGACGAGAAUGCAAAGACUCUGUAUCGUAUACCGAUAUCACUAUCUGAUGUCUUGGUUCAAGACGUUCCGGGAAGAGAUGAUUUAGGCUUCCGCUUGGUUUUGGCCUAUCCUCGUGGUGGCGAUACUAUAUCUCUCCGAGUUACAUCUGUGCGCGAUUGUCAGACGUGGAUAAGUGCCGUGGAAAGUGCCAGUAAGAAGUGUCGGAACGUGGAAAAGAGAUUGAGUAUGCCUGGAUCUAGGUGAACUGAGGAUACUUAUCCGAGGAGUGGUGUUUCGUGAUUUAUUGUCAUUUUUGGACUUUCGUAUACGUAUUGGUGGUUAUCUGCUUCAUUUCCUGGUCGGUGGACAUGGCUA